AUUUUCUCAAAUAUCUCUAGAUAGCUUUUUUUUAUUAAGAUUUUCAUAAAAUCUAUUGAUUUGGGAUUAAUUAAACUGUUUGUACAUAAUCAGCAACAUUCGGACAUUAAGUGACAAGUAUUUGUGCCGGAUUCCGAAGUGAUUUUCUAUUGAAAACCAUUAGUGCCACGUCAAAAGUGAAAUUUUUCUUGAUAAACAUUGUUUAAAGUUUAAAAUUGACCAAAAUAAAGAAACAAGCAAAGGCACGAAGGAAAAAUGAAUCAACACGGCAAGAAUAAAAAUCCACUAUUAUCAUGUGCAUUAACCGGUGGUUUUGAGGAUUUAAGCACUGGAAUCGUUUUAGCAACAGCUGAGAAACCAGUUUUUACUAUCGGAAAUGCGCCAGUAAUAAGUGAUAUGGAUAAUUUCAGUGAAGUGAGUUUAGAUCGUGAUGGGAAUUCAUCAGAAGUUGGACAAUCAGAUCUACAAACAGAUUUGGUUAAUCCAUUCUAUCCAAGUCCAUUAUCUGAUCUUGAUUCGUAUAACAAUUUGCAAACACUUCACGAUCCACCAACACUCGAUAUUAAUAGUAACACUCAACAGCCGAUUAAUGAUGCCACCAUAAAUCCAAUUUCCGCUUUCGGAACUGCUGCUUCGACAGUCUUCUCUACGUUCUCAAAUAUUAUUAAAGGAUCAACGUCUCAGGCGAGAAUUGAAGAUCAACAAUAUCAGCCACAACAAAUUCAGGAACAAUCUUCUUUUAUAAGUGGCAGUGAAACAUAUCAAGAUAAUCAAAUGAUUCUACCAAAUCCUUAUGUUUCUUAUAAUACCCAACAAGAUACAAUUAGUGCACCAAUGCCUUCUUUUUAUACGCCUGGCGAUGAAAUGCUUUUUAAUAAACGUCCACAAACGGAAGCUCCAAGUAAUACAUUUCGAUUAGGAGGACAUAAAAAGAAAGCUUAUGCACACAUUCCAGGAUUAAGUUCAAGUUCUCAUUCACAAAAUGUCCCACAAAAUUUUAAUCUUAAUCCUGUCAUGCCUCCUUUACCGCCACAAACAGUAACGCAUGUUGAUUCUAUGCCAAAUUUUCAACCGCCACCUCCUUUGUCUCAACAAAGUUACUUUGAUAAUAAUACAAAUGUCCAACAGCAGCCAGCAGCACAAACAUCAAAUUUGGAAAAGUCAACAAAUAAGUUUUCAUUCAGUUCAUUACUUGAUAAAAUUCCAGUUCCAUUAAGUCUAUUUGGAAGUUCAGAAUCAAGCAGUAAUGAGACAAACUAUAAUAAUUAUCAAAAUCAACCACAAAACUAUUUUAAUGAACCGCAAAUCAUUAAUUCAGCUCCACAUCAAGCACCAGUAAUGAGCAACUAUUUCAAUCCACAACAGAAUUUCGAGCCGGAAAACUUAACAAUAACUACUGAUUCAAUAAAUAUUCAAAAAUCUGACGUGACACAAAUAAAAGAGAAUAUUCCACAAACAGUAAAUUUCUUUAAUCCACAACAAUUCAAUACGACUCCAUUUUCGAAAGUUCAACAACCUUUAAUGCAAAAACAACAACAAGGAGGAAAUGAGUCGACUGAAAGUCAAACGAAAAAUGACGAUAAUAAUUCAUUACUUGCACCGAUGAUGACGAUGACUUCAUCACAGGAUCAAUUUAUGCCUCAAUCAUAUUCCACUCCACCGCCUGUAAAGACACAAAGUAAUGAUAAUAAUAAUUAUCAACAAGUUGAGACACAAAAAGCUGACUUGUCAGCACCUCCGAUAUUUUUUAAUCCAGUCCAAGCAUCAGAAAUGUUCAAGUCACGUCAAAAUGAUGAUGGAAAGCCUAAAAAUCCAUAUAGUAACACUCGUAUGCGUGGCGUUGGACUUUAUAAGGUACGUACAUCAUCCACAUCUGAUUCAUCAAGUGCGCAACAAAUGUUUAUUACACCAACGGCGCCUUCUCCUUCACCCCAAUUGUUUACACCAUCUUCACAAAGCUUUAGUGAUGCUGUAGAUCAUGCAAAAGACUCAUCUCGACCGCCAUCGAUUCCAUUAAGUAGUUCUUCAAACAAUACAACGCCAAGAGCCACUCCAAUACAGAGCUUUGAGCCUCAAGUGAUGAAUUUCAAUAUUCCACAACAAGUAGCAGUUCCUCAGGCACAAUCAACAUCAAAUUUACAUCCAGUACAGAAUUUUGGGCCUCAGGUGAUGAAUUUCAAUACUUUGCAGACUUUGCAGCAACAAUUGACACCAGAUUUACAUCAAAUUCACAACAUUGAGCCUCAAAAUGUAGACUUUAAUGCUUCACAUCAACAAUUAACAUCAGAUUUACAUCCAGUACAGAAAAAGUCAGACUUGAAUGUUCCAGAGAGUGAAAACGAAGCGAUUUCGUUUGAGACAAAACACGAACAAAAGGUACAGCAUGAACCGAGUAAUGUUUCAAAUGUCUCAAAUUUCUUUGAAUAUGACAAUAGCAAGGUCAAUGAACAAGUCUCGGCAUUAAACUUUUUCCAAGUCAAUACGGAAGUUAAUUCUCAACCAGUUGUAGAUAGUUUUGUUGGCCAGAAGCAAGAUAAAUUAGCAUCGCAUAACGAUUCUUUGAAUGCUAUAAACUUCUUUAAAAUGGAUACGACAGUAACACCAGUGCUGAAUAAAAGCAACGAAAUGCAACAAUGUAUUGAGAAUGAGAAUGACGAUGAGGAGGAUGUAAACAAGAAAGAAGACAUUCAGGAGGAUUUUAAUUCUCCAAUCACGAGUUCAACGAUGCAAGGCAGUGAUUUAGCGAAUGAUAUAACUGACAAAAUGGAGAGUUUGAGUGCAUGUAGUCGUAGCACAUUAAGUUUAUUCGCUACAUCUGAACUAGAUUCAACAAUGGGUCAAAAAUUAAUGUCAUCAGCGCCUGUUGAAUCUCUCAUUCCGAAAUAUCUUGAGCAGCAGCCUCAAAUGGGUGCUAAUUUAAAGCAAUCGGAAUCGCUAGUUAACGGAAAUCAUCAUAGUGAGAAAUACCGUCCAAUUUAUUGUCACUGGUUUUAUCAAAAUCUUUAUUGGCAUCCAUUCUCGAUGACUGACUCAAUGGCAAUUGAUCAAGCGAUUUUGAAUGGCGAUGAGUUUGUCUAUACGAGUGGUGGACGAUAUGAAGUCAAUAUAAAAGAUCGUAGACGAUCGUCAAUUUAUUGGAUGAGUGGAUCAAAUGUGAUUAGGAAGUGUUCAUGGUUUUUUAUGGACGAGAAAAAUGGAAAUCAAAAUUUAAUUCCUUAUGAUGAGCAUACUGGAGAGUUUUUAGAGAAGGAAUAUGAAAAGGCAAUGACAAGUUUAACUUGGAAUCAUAAAAUUCAUUUGCCAAAUUCGCAUGAUGUGAUUGUCAUGAAAGAUCCAAAUAAUAUUGAACUUCAUAAAUUGGAACAAAUUUUGGUGGUUAAACGUGGCAUCGACGAAUUCGAUAUUGAUGACGGCGAAGAAGGAAUUGCCGAUCACUUAAUUAUAUGUGUUAGUGGAUUUGGCGAUAAAAUUGAUGAGAAUGCUGACGAAGUCAGAACAAAAUGUUUGGAAACAAUACAACAAUAUUAUUCAGAGGCGUUUGAUUGUGGCCAAAUUAAGCGAAUAGAAGUCCUUCCGAUAAUUUUAAAUUCAAUUGAUGUGCUGAAAAUGUUCGAAAUCAAUAAUAAUAUUUUAAAUGCAUUGCCAUUUAAGAGUCCAUCGAGGGAAAUAAAUGAGCAUGUUAUGCGAGCUAUGCUUUAUUCAAAUGAGAAUUUUUAUCAGAAAAUAAUGAAUCAUUUGGCAUUUAGUUUAAAUGAAAUCGUAUCAAAAUUCAAUCAACGAAAUUCGGACUUUAAUGGCGAAAUAUCAGUAAUGAGUUCAUCGUAUGAGGCGCUAUUCUUAUUUGACAUGCUUGCCAAUGACAAUGCAUCAGAAUUUUGGCAGUUAAAUUUCGAUAUAUCAAAAUUCUUUGCAUGUGGAAUGCCAUCAAGUUUAUUAAUGAUUAGAAAUGCAGACAGAUUAAAGCACGGCUUUGAAUUGACGAGAUGUAAGAAAUUAUUCAACUUUAUUCAUCCAGCUGACGAUAUUUCACAAAGAAUUGAGCCAUUACUUAUACCAGAAUAUUCAAAAUUGCCACCUGAGUCUGCCGAGAAUUUAACAGCACAAGAAAGAAUUGACUUUAUAUUGCCGGAGGACUCAGCCUUAGAGAAAUUCAAUAGCUCAAACUAUUUCUCAUCAGAAAUUUUAAUUAGACGAAUAACAAAUGAAAUUUAUGGUGCAAAUCACAUUCAAAUGGACUCUGGUAGUUUAUAAACGGAUUAUAAUGAAUUUAAGUAGUUGCGGACUAAUAAUAUUAAAAAGUUAUUUUAUAUGUGUUAUCAAAAAAGUGUUUUCUUUUUGUUCUGUUUUGUAAUUUGAAUGAAAGUUAAAUAA